AAUAUAUAUGGGCCCAGAGCUGUUCAGGAUGACUCUGAGAGAAUCCAAUUUAAGCUGACGUUUUUCAAGAUGUUAGAGAGAAGAUGGGAGUGUCUCCUGCAUCAAGGAAGGAGGAUUAUCAUCGUAGGGGAUCUCAAUAUUGCUCCUGCUGCCAUAGAUCGCUGUGACGCAGAACCUGAUUUUGAGAAGAACGAGUUCAGGAAAUGGUUUAGAUCGUUAUUAUUGCAGAAUGGAGGGCGUCUCCUUGAUGUUUUUAGAGCAAAACAUCCUGAUAGAAAAGGAGCCUAUACUUGCUGGUCACAGAGUACAGGAGCCGAGGAAUUUAAUUUUGGUUCUAGGAUUGACCAUAUACUUAGUGCAGGAUCAUGCUUGCAUGGUGAGGAAAAUCAAGAAGGGCAUGACUUUGGUACUUGCCAUGUUGCAGAGUGUGACAUAUUGAUGCAAUUUCAAAGGUGGAAACCUGGAAAUACGCCAAGGUGGAAAGGAGGGAGGAGCAUCAAAUUAGAAGGUUCUGAUCAUGUUCCAGUUUACACGAGUUUAGUAGAAAUCCCUGAAGUAUUGGAGCAUAGCACCCCAUCAUUGUCUACCAGAUACCAUCCCCAGGUCUGCGGGAGUCAGCAAACUCUUGUGUCUAUGUUCGCAAGAAGGCAAUCAAUUGAGCAAGUUAUUUCAGAGGAAAGGAUAAGCCCUCUGUUCCCAAGUCAUGAAAAGUUUACCUCAACUCCAGAGAACUACGAUAGUAAAGCUUCGCAAAUUAGGGUGCUUGGUUCUCGAAGUAACGCUAAUAUUCUGCCGAGCAUUGUAGCCAAGAAGAAAUCAAGGCAUGGUCAGGGGUCUCAGCUCACACUCAACUCGUUCUUCCAGAAAUGCACUAGAAGUGAGACUUCUGACAGUAGCUCUGCUGAUCUUAAAAUUUGUCAGACAGACAUUUCUUACUCUCAGAUUGACCUCAAUGGAGUUCCUUCUGCUGAUGAUGAAAGUGGUCCUUCAAAGGACUGCAGAUUAAAUGCUAUUGACAAUAUUCAAAAUGAAGGCCAGUUAGAUGCAUGCGAUUCAGAUAAAGAGAAGAGGAAAGUGGCAUUACAGGAGUGGCAAAGGAUUCAGCAAUUAAUGCAGAAUACUGUACCUCUUUGUAAGGGCCAUCGAGAACCUUGUGUUCCACGGAUUGUUAAAAAAGCAGGCCCCAAUUUGGGCCGCAGAUUUUAUGUCUGUGCUCGAGCUGAGGGACCUGCAUCAAAUCCUGAAGCAAAUUGUGGUUAUUUCAAAUGGGCUGCUGCUUCAAAAUGUAAGGAGAAAGGAAAGUGAAGUCUCUGCAGCAUAUAUUCGUACGUGAUAAACAACUAAAGUUCUGCAUAAUGAGAGAGUUCAGUGCGCCUGAGAUAAUAUGUGGUGGGAGAUGGAGAAAAGUGUUGGUGGUGGUAGUGACGAAGGAGGUGGCAGAGGCGAAGCUCAAGGGAGGAAAUACGAGGAGAGUGGAAGGCAAGUGGUUGUUUUCUUCUACUUCUACGUUUUUUCCUUUAUUUCUUUCUAAUAAAAAAAAGAACUAAGUUUUUAUGGUGAGAAGAACAUUUCCUUUUGACCAAAAAAAAGAAGAACAUUUCCUUGAGAUCUGUAAAUUGGUAGUAUUUGCCGUAAUGGCGCUACUGCCAUUCUUUCUUGUUCUACUGAUUUAUUUCUCAGUCUGGUUGUUCCUGGAGUAGGAACGGACACCAAAUUAGCACUAGCUAGGGCUGUUAGAAGCAAACAAAAAGGAAUUAACACAAACUGCCAAGAGAUGGGAAUAGAGGACUUCGGUUGAUCUUUAUUACACUUGUUACAAUCAUUAUUUGUAUACUGAUUUUGAAUUGAUGAAAACAAAAGGUUUCUUUUGUUGGCCAUCUAAGGAAGGUGCUUACUUUUUCACUAUGAAAUUUUCAUAAUACAGGACGAUAUAAUAAUGUGUUGCCAAUGUGCAAUUUCUCUAGGAAUUUGAUGUAGAUAACCUUGAAUUUGAUACAUGCUGGCCAUGAUAUUGAUGGACAUCAAGAUCUGCUUUUGCGUGUGAGACUCCCAAGUCAUAUUUGAAAAUAGUCUCUCUACUUUCACAAGGUAGGGGUAAGGUCUAUAUACACACUACCUUCCCCAGACCCCACUUGUGGGAUUACACUAGGUUUGUUGUUGUUGUUGUUGUACUCCAAGUCAUAUUUGGUUUUUUGGUUCAAAGUGUUCAUUCCGGAAACACGAAGGGAAUGCACAUGAGAUAGGCGUAGCAGAAAAGAAAGGGUCAAUGACAAGAGGAAGGCGGAGGAAAAAAGAUGAGGUGUUGGGUGUUGGAAAUGUUUUACUCAAACACCUCUGUAAUUGCUUUGCAUUAUUUAAAAAAAAAAAAAGGCAGCCUGGUGUACUAAGCUCCCGCUAUGCGCGGGGUUCAGGAAAGGGCCAGACUACAAGGGUCUAUUGUACGCAUCCUAACCUUACAUUUCAAGAUGCUAUUUUCACGGCUCGAACCCGUGACCUCCUGGUCGCAUUAUAUAUGUAAGUUUUGUUUUAUUGCUGGAUGAAUAAAGAAAAGAAUCGAAGAAAGGAUAUUUAGAGGGUCAUACUUACCAAUAGAUGGAUUAAGCAAAGAAUUUGCUUGGUAAUGUAAUUGUCUUGUAUCUAAAGAUGUUUCAUGGGAAGAUUUCAGAGGGGUUGAAUAUUUUGAAAAUUGUGAAUUGUGAAAGCAACCUGGGGAUUUUAGUUUUUUUGAUAAAUGUACAACAUGGCACUGCUUUUUGCUGGUCA